CAUAUUCCUCACAUCACACUUCGAUUUAAUUUCCUUCACAAAAUCCUUAUCCACAACAAAAGUUCGGGACUCUUAACACCGCGGCUGUCGUGAGUACUAGUUCGCUGUGAUGAUGAAGAGAAGCAGAGCCGAGUUCGAUAUCUUUGAGAACAGCAAUAUCGACCUGGCAAAGUGCCUGGUCCUGCUUUCCCAGGGAGUGGGCCUGAAGCACGCCGUGACCAGCAUGCAAAGAGAAGAUGGUCAUUUCGAGUGCAAGACGUGCAAGCGCCGGUUUCCCUCGUUCCAAGCACUGGGCGGGCACCGGGCUAGUCACAAGAGGCCGCGGCUCCUCGAUCAGGGCAUUCCAGAAGAAGAGGACACCAAGAAGAUACUGACGACCCUGAGCCUAAGUACGAAGCCCAAGAUGCAUGAGUGCUCGAUAUGCGGGCUCCAGUUCUCGAUGGGCCAAGCCCUGGGCGGUCACAUGAGACGCCACAAGGUCGAGAUGACGAGGCAGAGCAGCAAGCCUUCAUCGGCCAUCCCCGCCGUGCCCGUCUUGAAGCGGUCGAACAGUAGCAAAAGGGUUGCGUGCCUGGACCUGAACUUGACACCUCUGGAGAACGACUUGAAGUGGAUAUUCGGAAAAAUGGCCCCUAAGCUCGAUGGAUUCCUUUGAUUUUGUAUCAUUUUUUUUUGUUUUCGAUUCAUAGGCAUUUGCUAGCGAAAUUCAUCAUUCAUUGAUUUGUUGUACAAACUUCGUCAAAAGAUUAUUCAUUGAAUUCAUUAUUAGUUCUCGUGUCAA